AUGGAUAGAAAAUUCCGAGCCGAGGACACGCGUGGAAUAAUGGAAGCACUGAACUAUUACGUAUCUCUAGGAAGAGCACCGGAAAGAGGAUUCUAUGUUGUCUUCGGACAUGAUGAAGAGGUGACAGGUCUGGAUGGUGCCAAGGCGAUCAGUGACAUGCUGUGGGAGCGAGGGGUGCGCAAGUUUGAGUUCAUUGUGGAUGAGGGCCUCACGGUCACCAAUGGGAUCAUCCCAGGCAUGACCAGCCAAACUGCACUGGUGGGUGUGUCGGUGAAGGGUUACAUGGACAUUGGCGUGGUGGGCAGCCCUGGCCACUCCUCCAUGCCGCCCCCGGAGUCAACCAUUGGUAUACUAGCUGCAGCAGUCGAUAGGCUUGAAAGAAACCCCCUAUCCAGCAUGCUCGGCUACGGCCCAGAGAGGGAUACAUUUGAACAUUUGGCGCCUUAUAUGCAGUUUCCAUACAAGCUUGUCAUGUGUAAUCUGUGGUUAUUUAAGCCUGUUAUUUCUUGGGCGAUGUCUGGAAAACCAGUGACCAACGCACUCAUCCGCACAAUGACCGCUGUUACCAUGUUCAAUGCUGGGAUUAAGAUAAAUGUGAAUGCUGCCGAGGCAACGGCCUAUAUGAACCACAGGAUCCAUCCAGCACAGUCCAUCCAAGAGGUUGUUAACUAUGACAGAGAUAUAAUCAAUGAUGAGCGAGUGCAGAUCAAAGUGAUUGCCUCCGUGGACCCUCAUCCGAUAGCUCCGAGUGGGGAGAAGACAGAUCUGGAACAACACAUGAUAGGAAACACAGACACCAAGCACUACCUGCGUAUGAUGCACAAUGUGUACCGGUUUAGUCCAACCGUGAUGUAUCCGCUUGAUGUGAAGCGUUUCCGUGGCGACAAUGAUGCAAAAACAUUCCAUAGGGACAGAUUUACACAAAAGCCAAGAAAUUAUAACAAGCACUCCUAA